AUGGCCUUUGACGACGAAGAUCCCACUCUAUCGUCGGCUUUACCACCUACUACCGGGGACCGAGGAGCAGAUGAGGCACCGUCGCUUGAAGAUGCCCUUGCGGAUGAGAUGCAGGAUUUCCGGCUGUUCGCCUCGCUCUUCGAUAAGAAGCAGGCCGGGGGUAAGACGUUACGUCGCGGCGAGAAGGAUUUCGAGUCGCAUGGCACGCGCGCGCAACAAGGUGCCUUGGAUGCCAGCCGCGAUGCCAUGCACGAGGUCUUGAGCUACACGCGCUCUCACAAGCCCAAGGACCACACUCGCGCCUGGUACUUCCCGGAUAAAUGGGUUGAUGUGCCUCCCGCGGAGGAGACAGAGGGCGAGAAGGGCGCGGGGUUGUUUGCUAGGGAGCGUGUGGUGGUCGUGGAGAAUGAGAUAAAGGGGCCCCUUGGCCAGAACACUGGUCGAGUUGUCACUGGUCUCGAGGGGUAUAAGCAGACGCCGGGGUGGCUUAAGACGUGGUUAUUACCGGAGGAGGCUUUAUACCUAGUCGAACGUGGUUCGUUGGAUCUCUGGUGGCCGGCACGAGGGAUUGAGGAUAUCCUCCCGGUGAAGCAGGACGGAGCGAAUGAGAACGAUGACGAACUUAGCAGAGAGUUUGAGGACUACGAGCUCGGAAUACCACUUAGUUUCCAGGCGGCAUACGCACUUCUUAUCGGUCAGGACGGCGAGAGAGGCAAGGUUAGCCUCGAGAAGUACCAGGUCUACGCUAACCUCCGGAGAACCGGAUAUAAAAUCAUGAGAGCGACUUCAAUAUCGUUACCACCGCCGGUUUCCGCCAAAUCCUCAUCCCAGGCUCUAUGGCAGUGGUUAUUCUCUUUAUUCCCCGUAUCAUCGCAAACGCACUCACCGUCCUACGGACCACUCGUCAAGCCAGGCCUCUACCGUUCCUACAACCCGAUCUUCACACAGCUCGCCCUCCUCCCGCGACACACACCUACCCCCAACCCCCAAGCUUCCACCCCACCGUCGGAAGAGCCGUUCCGGAUCCACUUCCACGUGUGGAAGAGUAGCACCGCGUUCCCCAAAACCAAGCCCCCAUCUCCCGACUUCCGAAUCGCAGUCGCAGACGCGCGCGACUCGUCCGUACCUACUCUCGAGCAACUGACGGCGCUCCUGGAGCACUGCACACCGUGGGAUCCGCCCGAGGUGAAAGACGGCAAGGAUGGAGUAGGAGCGGGGGCCAUGUACCGCCGUCUCAAGCACGCGUGGCGCAACGCGAUUAUCGCGGUCGUGGAUCGCGGGCUCAUUAGCUACGUCCGGUUUGGCGAGAUGGCGUUUGGAGAGGAGAAGUUGUACAAGAAGGUUGGUGGGGGCAGGGGGGCUAAGGGGAAGAGAGGCGGCAGAGGUGGAAGAGGACGAGGCGGUGGGAGGGGGAGGGGACGAGGUGGAUGA